AUGACUAUUGUAAUGGUUGAGUUGUCAGAGUUUUUUUUUUGGCUCUUGAGUCUGAAUACAACUGCCAACCAGUUGGUAGCACCGGAAGAAAGAGGAGGAGGAGAUGAUAAUGGUGUUAUCACAAACAAGUGUGUGGAUAAGGAGAGACAUGCUCUCCUUCAAUUCAAAGCAAACCUUCAUGACCCUUAUGGAAGUCUCUCUAGGUGGAGAGAUGAUAAAGAUGACUGCUGUCAAUGGAGAGGAGUCUGGUGCGACAGCCAAACAGGUCAUCAUGUCACAGGGCUUGAUAUUCCCUCCGCUGGUCUUGUAGGUGAGAUUAGCCAUUCAUUGGUUAACUUAACCUACUUGAAUCAUCUUGACCUUUCUUAUAACUCUUUUCAUGGAACCAUUCCCACCUUCGUUGGUUCUUUGACUCGAUUAACGUACCUUGACCUUUCAAAUAACUCUUUUUAUGGAACCAUUCCUCAAGAGUUCGGAAACCUCACCAACUUGCAAUACCUUUACCUUAUAGAUGUUGGCAUAUGUAGAGUGGAAAACAUAGAGUGGUUGUCUCAUCUCUCUCACUUGGAGGAACUUGAAAUGGAUGGGAUUUCCCUUGCCAAAGCAAACCAAUGGGUCAUGUAUCCAAACUCUUCAUUUCUCAACUCUUCUUCAUCUAUUUCUUUCCUGGAUGUCCAAAACAACAAUCUCAACUCAUCCAUGCAUGGUUGGUUGUUCCCAUUAACCAGCAAUAAGCUUCGUGUUCUUGAUCUCUCUGGAAACAUGUUAGAUGGGAUACCCAAAUAUCUUGGUAACCUCUGUAGUUUGGCAUUUUUAAAUCUGAAUGACAACUCUGCAGUUGUCAAUUUCCCAGACUUUCUAAACAACUUGUCUGGAUGCACAUCGCUUGCAUUAGUAGGGUUGCAUGCUUCUCAUAGCCAAUUUACAGGGUCAUUGCCUGAUGACAUCCACAACUUUUCAUCCCUAUCAAAACUGUGCCUAUCAGAUAAUCACAUGAAUGGAACCAUGACCGAAAAAUUGUGGGAACUACCCAGCCUUGAAAAGAUUGAUCUUUCUCAAAAUCAUCUUAGUGGUGCCAUCUCUAAAAACAUUGGAAAGUCCAAGGCUACUUUUAUAAAUCUUUCAAAAAACCCACUCCAAGGAGUUCCUUCAACAGAUCAUAUGUCAAACCUUUCUUAUGUAGAGCAGCUUGAUCUGAGCUCUUGCAAGCUAGGGCCUCACUUCCCCAAAUGGAUUCAAAAACUGGAAAUCUUACCCGUCUUGACAUUUCCAACACUAGUAUUUCAGACACAGUUCCUCCAGAAUUUUGGAGCAUGCAAUUAA